CCACUUGGGUGCAGAUCCUGCCGAGAAGCACAAAGGGGUGAGUCAUGUACCCACUGCUACAACUGUGGCCAAGAGGGACACCUCUCCCGAGGCUGCAGGCAAAAGAGGGAGCAGGGAAACGGGAGGGGGCUGCUAGGUCAGGACCGCCAGUAGCCCAACACCAAAGGUCCCCAGCCCGUCGCACUGUCAACCUAUCAGCAGACAGGGCCAAUGCAAACUUCAACCCUGUGACAUCUAGGGCAACUGCUACAGGGGACAGCACUCCUGUCAGCUACCUCCCUCCUCAUCGCAAGGCAAAGCUGUUAAAUCUCAUCGGUGAGAGGUGUCUGGUACAAUGCCUAUUUGACAGUGUUGCCGUGGAAGCACUUUGGGACACAGGUGCACAGGCCAGUAUCAUCAAUGAAAAAUGGAGAAAGACUCACCUCCCCCAUCGCGAAGUACGCCCCAUUGAAGAACUAUUAGGGCCAGGUAAUUUGAUCGGCCUUGCUGCUAACCAAACUGAGAUACCAUUCUUAGGGUGGGUUGAGGUGGAAUUUAGAUUAGCUGAAAGGCCAAACUCCUCAGAGCCAUUACUAGCCCCCAUAUUGGUGUCCAGUGACCCAAAUGUUGCAGAGCAACCGAUUAUCGGUUUCAAUGUCAUUCAAGCACUAAUAAGUGACAGGGACGAGGGACAGCCAACUUCACAUUUGAUCCGGAAACUGAGCCAGGCUUUUUCUGUGACCUUUAAGACAGCAAAGUUAAUGAUGGAGUUAAUCAGAGAUGAUUCGGCUGGUGAAGUAGGGACAGUUCAGACAGGCAAGAAGAAAGUAUAUCUGCAAGCAGGAAAGGUUACCACUGUGCAUGUAAGGGCCUGUGCUGGAAUUCAAUUUAAGGGCCAGAGUCUGCUGUUCGUCCCCUGUGACCUCCCUGACCUACCUGAUGGCAUAACUGUAAAAGAAGGACUGGUUGCCGUGACAGCAGGGCAGAGUAUGUAUGUGGCCCUUCCGAUCAGGAAUACAAACAGUUAUGACAUUAGACUGAAUCCACGCACAGUCCUUGGUCAUCUGCAAGCAAUAAAAACAGCAUAUUCAGUCCAUUCAGAACAACCACUUGCUGCUGAAAAGGGAAAGGGACUUGAGUCUCCAAUGGACCAGGGAAAUAAUGAUGCGGACAAGGAAACCAGACAUAAACCGAGCCAGUGGGAUCCCCCAGUCAAUUUGGACCACUUAGAGGUGUGGCAGCAAGAGCAGGCAAGGCAGUUGCUACGAGAAGAGUGCCACGCCUUUGCAUAUGAUGAUGAGGAUAUUGGGUGCAUUCCCUCCUUGAAAUUACACAUCACAUUGCAUGACACCACUCCUGUUAAGAAAACAUACAUGUCUGUGCCCAAACCCCUUCACCAGGAAGUAAAAGAAUACAUCCAAGACCUACUCAACCGUGGCUGGAUAGCUCAGUCAAGAUCACCAUAUGCCUCACCAAUAGUAUGUGUGAGAAAAAAAGAUGGUAGUCUGAGAUUAUGUUGUGAUUAUAGGGAAUUAAACAGGAAAUCAGUUCCUGAUAGCCACCCCAUACCCAGAAUACAAGACAUGCUGGACUCUCUGAGUGGUAGCUCUUGGUUUUCAGUCCUGGAUCAGGGCAAAGCCUAUCACCAAGGCUUUUUAGAAGAGCAAAGCCAGCCCUUGACUGCUUUUAUUACACCUUGGGGGCUAUACCACUGGAUCCGUAUCCCUUUUGGACUCAGUUCAGCCCCCGCUGAAUUUCAAAGGAAUAUGGAGGAGUGUUUGCUGGGCCUUAGAGAUGUCAUGUGCCAACCCUACCUUGAUGACAAUUUAGUGCAUAGUUCUAGUUUCGAGACCCAUCUUCAGUGCAUCCGAACGGUACUGCAAAGAUACCAAAAACAUGGUGUGAAGUUGAGCCCACGCAAGUGUGAGAUGUUCAAAAACAAAGUGCGUUUUCUGGGACGCAUGGUCUCCAGUGACGGCUAUACCAUGGACCCUGCCGAAAUAGCACCUGUGUUAGCCUUGAAAGAGAGGACACCUACAACUGUGGGAGACUUGAGAAAGCUCCUGGGAUUCCUCUCCUACUACAGAGCAUACAUACCGAACUUCUCCCGACUGGCCAAACCCCUCUAUCAGCUGCUGUCAUCCGCUCCUAUGAAUCAAGCACCCACCGCAGAGGCAAAGGGGAAGAAGGGGGUGAAUACCAAACACAAAGGCCACCGCUGGGUUGCCCAGCUCGCAGAUUUCAAUUUCUCCAUAAAAUACCGCCCAGGUCGGUAUAAUGCUGACGCUGACGGCCUUUCUAGGAUGCCCAUAGAAACGUAUAUGCAGCAAUGCACAGAAGAGAUCUCCCAAGAUGCCAUUAGUGCGUCGGUGGAAGGGGUGUCAGUGCAGAAGGAGGGAUCUCUUGCGUGUAUUAGCCCAUUAAAAGUGGAGAUACUGGACUUGCUGGCCGACCCUCCCCCAACAGACCCCAGUGAGCCUCUCACACCGGAAAAGCUGUUAGACAGCCAAGAAAGAGACCCAGUGAUCAGGCCCAUCUUGCAGGCUAAGAGAGUAGGCCAGGCCCCAACUGCAGGAUCUCUGAGAUCAGAGCAUCCAGAUGUGAGAGUACUCCUUCGCCAGUGGAGUAAACUGUAUCUCAACCCAGAUGGUGUGCUUUACAGACAGUCAGGGAGUCGGAACCAGCUGAUCCUCCCACAUGAGUACUGCCAGACUGUGUUCAAUACAUUACAUAAAGAAAUGGGACACCCAGACCCUGCAAUAGCAACUGGGGAGUCGCACCUGGAAGAUGGCGGGGCUGAUGCAGCCCUACCAGAGACAGUAGGCCCGGACAUCCGGGAAGAGACUCCAGAUCCUGAGCGCGACGACCAGCUUGACUCGGCACAGGUAUCUGAUGAGGAGCCUGAUCGACCGCCGGUGAGUACUCGCCCAGAGAGAGAGCGGCGUCGGCCAAGAAUCCUCACCUACGAGGAACUAGAAACGUCCUCCAGUACCUCUCUGUCAGAUCGUCUGCAAGUGGAACUCCUGUUUGCUGGCUUCUUCACGUCUGGCUCCUGA